AUGGUAUCCAGCUAUUACGAUCAAUACCACCCAACUUGGUGUCUGGAGGCAGUUCCUAGACAACAGAAGAAAUGGCUCUCCUUUUUUACUUUACGUUUUGCCGCAGCUCUGUGCCAGAUGACGGUCGUGAUUUGCUUUGCUUGGGCUUAUACCGAGCAUGAGAAGCCCGUGGCCUAUAUCGAUGGCCUGGGAAGUGCCUGGUCAAGUAUUAAUCUAGGAACUGCUGCUUACGCAUUCCUUUGGUCCGUCGUCUUUCUCUUGGUCGUCUUGAUCUUCAACUGCAGAGUCCAUCCCGGCACGAGCAUCACAUUUGAUUGCCUGGCUUUCCUUGCACAAAUCAUUACCGUCAGCUUCUAUGUCAAUGAGUUUGCCGAGUAUCAACACGGUGGAUACUCGGAGAAUACCGAAGAAGCUAAAAGGCUAUAUGGAGUAGAAUGCUUCGGAAUCGCAAUGAUGUUUUUAGGGUUGUGA